AUGAUAAAGCCGGAUCCGAACAGAACACCAAAGGCGUGCGAGCCGUGCCGUCGGCGUAAGGUGAAAUGCGACGGCCAGAAGCCGUGCCGGCUCUGCCACGACAACCCCCUAGCAUGUGUGUACCGCCUGAAGGCCCGGAGCCAUAUUCGCCGGCCCGCGUCAAUUUCUCCGACGGCCGACAGCAACGCGGCCGGCCAGUCCAGGCGGCCACCGACGCCUAGUGCUGCUGCUGCUGCUCCUGCUGCUGCCGCGCAGGAUGCUGCUGGCUCCCGCAGGUACAAUGAGAGCGUUGUUGCUGUCCACCGCGCUCCCAAGUCAACCGACAGCUCCCAGCUAUUCUACGGAUCGUCAUCCAACUUCGCCUUCCUGCAGCAUAUCCAUCGGACUAUCAUCUCCUACGCCCUCCCCGCACACGCCCACAGUGGUUCGGAAGAGAAAGAUGCGGGCGAGGACGACUCGGGGCUAGACACGUUCAUGCAGAGGAACGUCUUCUUCGGGGUUCCUCUCAAGGUCAACCCCGUGUCCGUUGCCCGGUUCGAUGCCCGCUCGGCCUUGACUGACCUCGUGCAAAAACCUGCUGCCGUGUCCUACCUCGACAACUUCAAGACCGCCAGCUUGCAUCUCCUCCCAUUCAUCACGGCCUCGUCGCUAGACCAUCUCCUGGAUCGCAUGUAUUCGCCCGAGAUAGCCGACGCGCAUAUGAUACCUCCAAGAUGGGCCAUAAUGCUCAUGAUCUUGGCAAUUGGCGCCCUAAGCACAACGCAGACCGAGGUUGCCGACACGCUCUUCCUGGCAGCCAAGCGCGAGGCUGCCAUCUACGAGGAUUCCGUGACGCUACCCAUGAUUCAACUUUCCCUGCUGAUGGCCGACUACCAGCUUAACAUGGGCCGGCCCAGCUCGGGAUACCUACACAUAGGCAAUGCCUGUCGAAAGGGACUGGCCAUGGGUCUCAACAACGUCGCAGCCAACAGUGUCUCUCACGAGGUGGAGGAACGCAACUCCACUCUGUGGUGCUUGUACUUUUUUGAGACGUGGUUGUCUUUGACCGUAGGCCGGAAGAGCAUCAUCAGGCGCAAGAACAUCGGCUGCCCUUUUCCCACUGGACAACCCGUCCUGGUGCAUCUCUGCCAUCUAGCCGCCAUCGCGGAAGACAUGGCUGGAUCCUUGUACAGUGGUAUGUCCGACUCUCUCUGGCAGCUGCAUGAGAUAGCCGACCAGAUUCUUCAACGUCUUCGACAAUGGAGCCAGACUGUAGGCAUCGGGCGUUCGUGUCGUCGUCAGGAGACGUCGGAUAAGCCAAUGGCCAAGUUGACGCUGCACUGCGUAUACUUCCAUCUCCUUCACACAACCUUCCGGCCGUUCCUCAUCGCCGAGUCCAUGCUGCAGGCAAGCAGUGGAAGGAAUGAAUUCCACGACCUUUGGUUCCGACAGGCAUGUAGGAAUGCCACCGACGCGGCGGUAGACUCCAUUGUCUUUAUGAAUGCCACGUUCCAAAAUAGUGACUUGAUAAAGGCCCGCCGCUACGACUCAUUCUUCGUCGAGGCAUGUUGCUCUGUUCUCCUCCUCGACUCGCUGAGCCAUCCAUCAAAGCACCCCAACAAUGUCGUCUACAUAAACCAAGCUCUGGAAUGCCUUCAGCGCAUGACGGCCGACGAGCCUGUCACGAACGUCAUCGCCUCGAUCCAGCAGAUCCUGAACGCCGUGCAGCUCUCCAUCGCGCGAGAGGCAACCGCUCUAUCCAUGGGAGGUGCUGCAACCCAGCAGCUCUCGUCAUUGCCGAGCGACGAGAAUUCGCUGGCCCAAGUUAAUGCACCUGGCGAAGUCCCGCCUCUAGACCGUACACCCUCGUAUGCCACAGACGAACCCAUUUUCCUGCGUGAAUCUGGCAUGCCCUCAGUCGAUGAUGCAUCCUCCCGAGGAUUCACUGAUUCGGUCGUAUCUCGAAAUCCGUCGCCGGCGGUAACCCAAGAUUGGCCUCCGUUCAAUUUUGACGUUGUCACGACUGACCUAUUUAAAUUUUUCCCCAAGGACGUGGGCGGCUUGUCGGAGCAUUGA